AUGAAUCCCAACCCCACUGGUUAUCCUACGACCAUGCAGCAGCAUGCUAAUCCCAUGCUGGCUGCUGCUGCAGGCUAUCCUAUCCAGUCCCCCAGUCCAGGCAAUCAACAAUUCCCUUUCUAUGCUGCUGCCAACCCAAUGGCGGCCUAUCCGCCUCAGAUACAACAGGCACGUAUGCAACAACAUUCCUUUAACCCCAUGCAGAUCCAAACUUCCGGGCCUGGUGGAGCUAUGAUGGCCGGUAAUAUGGGUGCUCCGCAUGCCAACAUGGCUUACUCUUCGCCUUCCCCGUACCAUCCAACUUCCAUACCGACGACCUCUGCCUCACCGUCGCUCUCUCAGAGUCCUGCCACAGCAGCUACCGUGUCAAUGCAGAUGCCGUCACAGAAUAUGACUGCUGUUUCCAAUCCUGCGAUGUUACUUGCGCAGCAGCAACAGCAACAACAACAACAACAACUUCAACUCCAACUACAGCAACAACAGCAGCAGAGACAGACACCGACUAACCAGACACCGCCAGGACAACAGCCCCAACAAUCUCAACAGACUCAGCAGCCGCAACAACCGCAAGCUGCCCCUCAAUCUCCUGCUACAACUGCUCGUGAACGGGCUCGCGUCACUGCUCUUCUUGACAUCAAUGCUGCCCUUUUGCAGGAACUACUCAACUUACAAGCAGCCGGCAAAUCUGGUGCUCCCCCGCCAGCAGCCACCACUACAACUCCUGAGCAGUCGUCCUCGCCAAACUCUGCCAGUGAACCGGCAAGCGCCUCGAAUGAAGCUCCGAAGAAGCCGAGUCCAGAGUAUGUAGAGUGCUUAAAGCGUCUACAAAGCAACCUGAUUUAUCUUGCCUCUGUUACAGACCGUAAUAAGAAACCAGUCUCACCCGCUCCGGCCAUCAUGAGCCCUCCCCCACAUAUGGGCACGCUGAACGAACAAUAUUCGAAAUUAAAUGAGCUUUUUGCUGGAGUCCCUCGGCCUGCUGCAGUACACCAGCAAAGACCUAGCCAGUCAGCUAUAGCUGCCGAGGCUGCAGUGUGA